AUGAUCCUCUCAGUGGCGAGAGGGACAUUGGGUGUUAGAUCAUUUUUAGGUUUUCCGUCGGAAUUGGUGUACUAUGGUUCAGCGAUGUGGGAGACACUGUACGGCAUGAUGUUAGCCUUCCCUCUAGUCGGUUGGAUUUUUAUACCGGUCUAUUAUAGACUAAACACGAACUCUGUUUAUGAAUAUUUACAGAUGCGUUUCGGCUCAAUAUGGGUACGUCGUAUAGCAGCCGCUACGUUCUUACUUCGACAAACUUUAAAUCUCGCCGUAACAGUUUACACUCCUACGGUAGCGUUACAUGCAGUACUAGCGCUUCCUCAUUGGGCGUCUGCUGCUGCUUUAACUACAGUUGCUAUAGUAUUUAACUUACUUGGAGGAUUGGCUGCGGCUAUCAGGGCUGAUGUAAUUCAAACACUAACUAUGGUGCUAGUGAGUGGAGCUUUCAUAAUACAGUCCACAGUGAAGGCAGGAGGCCCUGGAAAAGUUUUAGCAGAUAACAUAGAUGGCAAUAGAUUGGAGUUCUUUAAAUUCACUUUUGACCCAGCAGUGAGAGUAGAUACACUAUCAGCAUUCAUAGGACAAUUGUUUAUGUCAGUUUCUCUUUAUGGAUGUCAACAAACGUUCGUUCAACGUUACUGCUCCAUGUCAAGCGAGGGUAAAGUUAAGAGGACAUUGCUAUCCAAUGUUCCGGCUGUAGCUAUCCUUUUCAGUUUAUCCUGGGUCGUUGGGAUGGGAUUAUAUUCUAUGUAUAGAUAUUGUGAUCCGUUAAAAUCCGGACAGAUUGCCGAGCCGGAUGAGGUUUUACCAUUUUAUGUACAAGAUCAGUUUUCGUUUCUACCUGGCAUGUUGGGGUUGUUUUUGGGAAGCCUCUUUAAUGGGGCUUUGAGCUUCCUUGUGUCGAAUGUAAAUUCGCUAUCGACUGUGACGUGGGAAGACUUUGUAUCAGCUGCACCAGCGUUUAAAGGCAUAAGCGAUAAGCAACAGCUAACUAUCAUUAAGGUUAUUGGAAUUAUAUACGCAAUAACUAUUAUGAGCCUGUCUCUCUGCGUGGGUCUGGUCGGGGGAGUGAUAGAGGGGUCUCUGUUGGUGACGUCAGCAACGUCAGGGGCUCUUUUAGGGGUGUUCCUCCUUGCCGCAAUCUUUCCUAUGGCUAACGGCAAGGGGGCACUUUGGGGGAUGGUGAUGUCACAUAUAGUGACCGCAUGGCUAGCCGCGGGUCGACUCAUGUAUGUGAAAAAUUCCAUUGCUAAGCUACCGUUGUCUGUUGAGAAAUGUUCGAACACAACUCUAAGCAUUUUAAGCUCAAAAGCUCUGCCGGUCGAAGUGAAUCAGACUUUAGUACAAUUUGCACCAAUCUUUCAAGUGCAUGACCAGAGUUAUGUAUCGCAUGUGCCUGAACCAUCUUCUGUAUUUACAGCUUUUAUGAAAAUAUAUUCCAUCUCAUACAUGUGGUAUGCCGUAAUCGGAACAAUUAUUUGCAUUACUUUCGGAGUAAUAAUUGGCUUAAUAACUGGCAAUGAAAAUGAUAAAUUCGAUGAACGAUUACUACAUCCGUUAAUUGCAAAAAUAUCCAGAAAAAUACCGGGCAAAAAACGCACUUUUACCAGUCAAAGUCAGAAAGAAGUGAAACCUGAUGAAACUGAUGAUAGAUUCUCAAGAAGCAAUAGCAGUAUAGCAGUGGAAAAUAAUAACUUACCGAUUAAAACGCAUUUG